UACUCGAUGAAUAGUUUUUUUUAACGUUAGCCGAAUACGGCACAUCACGUGUUUAUAAUUUAUUGAAUUUCAAAAUGAAGUUUUUAGUGAUCUUUUUAUUAGCUUACUUUGUUAAUGUAAAUGGACAAAGCCGCAUCGCCGGUGGUGAGGUUGUCCAGAUCAACCAGUAUCCAUUUUCGACGGCGCUGUUGACCAACAGAGGGACAGGCACCGCGUACGUGCAGGCCUGUGGUGGUACCAUUCUCACCACCAGCUCCAUCUUAACGGCUGCAUCUUGCUUCUACACAGAUGGCGUAGCGGAUGGAGUGAGCUGGUGGCGUGCACGCGUGGGGUCUCCGUUUGCCAACCGUCAGGGCACCAUCUACAUCGUGAGGCGCAUCGAGCCACACCCGGAGUUCUCCCCGACAACUCUGGCCAAUGACAUCGCCGUGAUCAAUACUACCCUCAGUAUUACCUUCCAGUGGGGAAUGGUGCAGCCCGCGAGUAUCGCCGGCGGGGCCUACCAGCUCGAGACCAACCAACCGAUCUGGGCUAUAGGAUGGGGAGCGGCUACUGAUGGCGGGGAGGGUUCGGAGCAGUUGCGCCAUGUGCAGUUCUGGGUGGUGGACCAGACUACCUGUGCCAACCGAUACAGCGCCCAGGGGCUCACCGUCACAUCGAACAUGGUCUGCACGGGCUGGCUGGAUGUCGGCGUCCGCGGACAAUGCCAGGGUGACAAUGGCAGCCCCCUGGUGAUAAAUGGUGUGGUGGUGGGUGUCCACUCUUGGUCCAGGGAGUGCACCGACGGGGAGUUCCCGGGGGUGAACACAAGGGUGGCACCCUACACCCGGUGGAUCGUCAGCGUCGCUACUGAGCCUCUAACUGCCUAAACGGAUUAUUUCAAAGGAUCGUUUCGACAGUGAUUUUUUGUUUUUCAAGGGUUAUUAUUUCCUGGUAAGCCCGGUAACAAAGGCAUUGCACACAGAACCAGAAAAGCGUGUAUUUUUUUGCGGCUUAAUACACAUGCCCAGGCUCCGGGACGCUUGUGUACCAUUUCCCCGGGUCUGUAUGCAUCACCUUAAAAUCAGUUUAAAAUAUGACGUCACCAACUGUGCACUAUCAUAAAAAUAUUGGGAAAUAUAUAUUAAUUAUA